AUGGGCUGCUUAACUUGGAUAAGAGGUUUCAAGAUGUCAUGUCCAUUUAAAGAUAAAGAACUCAAUAAAAUAGCUGCAUUUUUCAAUUUGACAACUUUUAUGUUGACCUGUGCAGCAUUAGUGCAACCAAGUUGGUUCCGCAUCAAAGGGCUGCAUUGUACUCAAAGUCUUUCAUUGGCACAGUUCUUCACAUUUGAUGACGAUGAUGAAGAUGACGAUGAUGUCCAACUAAACAUACGUCAAAAUAAUUUGUUUGAUACUAUAAACAAAUCUGAUUUCAAUGGUUUACCUCCUUGCAGUACGCCAGAGAUAAUUACCCUUAUGAGAAUUCUAAUCCUAUUAUGCUUCAUGGUGUUACUUUGUUCCUUCAUUGGAAUUGUAAUCAAUAUCACAAACUUAGAGUUGAAAGCAAUAAAAACUCUACGUAGAAAUGCCAUACCAAGCAUAAUGUGUGUCUUUUGGGUGAUAGCUAUUGUAGGAGUAUGCUACUACACCACAGUUGUGUUGGGAAAUGAAAAUAAUGGUGAACACAACACCAUUCAAGUUGAUUAUGAAUAUGGAUUUUAUACAAUCACAGGAGCAGGAACUCUAGCUCUCUUGGCAUCUGCCGCUAACUUAUGGGGUGCACCAUUAUCCGGGGAUGAGGAUGUCCAAAGGCGAAACCUUAUGGAGGACUGGGACGGUUACGAGGCUCAUAGCGUUGGUCCGACGCCGGCAGUCCCCACGCUGCCUCCAUACACUCCCAAUGCUGACUACGUACCUGCCAUACAUAACUCGUAUGCACCACCAGUAUUAGGUACUCAGCAAUACUUUCCGUUCGAUGAUCUGUCAGUUCUCCCGCCCCCUCCGCCUUACACUCCAUGA